CACGUUCACUCUGUCUCUCUCUCUGUCUCUGCCCCCUUCUGUCCUUGAUACAACAGCUGACCUCAUUUCCCGAUACCUUUUUCCCCCCGAAAAGUACAACAUCUGGCCCCCUCCGGCCCCAGACAGCCCGCCCCCCCUCGACAAGCAGAAGAGUCCCCCCCCCACCAAGCCAGACCCCGUUCUGUCCCGUCGCACAUUGGGCCCGCGACCGAGGCCAGAGCGGCCCAGGCACAGGAGUGCCCGGCAGGAGGGCCUUCGCCCGCUGUUCGGUUCGCUACACGCAGCAGGGAGCUGGGCAGCAGCUCUGUCGGCUUCCAGCCACCGAUGGGGAUCCCGGUGCGGAAGCCGGCCUUGUGGCUGUUCACCUUCUUGGCCUUGGCCUCGUGCUGCAUUGCUGCUUACCGCCCCAGUGAGACUCUCUGUGGUGGCGAGCUGGUGGACACCCUCCAGUUCGUCUGUGGGGACCGCGGCUUCUACUUCAGCAGGCCCAUGACCAGAUACAACCGUCGCCCCCGUGGCAUUGUGGAGGAGUGCUGCUUCCAGAGAUGCAGCCUGGCUCUGCUGGAGACCUACUGCUCAGUCCCCGCCAAGUCCACGAGAGACGUGGCAGCCUCUCUGGCCAGCCUCUCGGACAAACCCAAUCACGCUGUGGGUCAGGGUCCCCAAGAGGGCUGGAGGCCGGCCAGCCAGUGGCUUCGCAGGGGUCUGCCGGGUACCCUGAUGGGCCCAGGGAAGAUACUCAGCCGGGAUUUCAAGAAUAUCCUCCAAGUGACUAGCCAGUCACACCUCGUGGCUGUGCCCGCUGUCCGGGCCAUGCCCGUCGUGCCUGCUGCCCCCGCUGCACCAGCCAUGCCAGCCCAGAAACCUGCCCACGCGGACCCAACACCUCAGACAGAAGAGAAUUAG